AUGAAGACAUCACCCCCUCCGGUAUGUUUUCACAUCCCCGAAAUGCAGGGAGAAGGUGCAGUUAAAACUACUGGGGUGCCCAAGGACCCAGAUCCCAAAAUCCCCCAAAUGGUUGAGAAAAAUAACACCUUAAGUACUCUUUCUACAACUUUCGAGCUAGGCCUGUUGCAGCAGCAACAAGCUGAUGCCGAAAAGGAGGAGGAAAAGCACCUUUUAGAGAUCGAAGUUUUUAUCAAGAAGAUGGAGACAGCUGUUAGGCAGCAGCCUAACGUUAACCGUACCAUCAAAGAUGGCCUGCCAAAGAUUAAGGAUUUGUUGGCCACAGUAAUGCAAUGCCGAAAGAUCAGGCACAAGGCAAGAGCCCAAGAGUAUACCUUAACUUCUCCAAAGGCUGGCAAUGCUAACAAAAAGCGGAAGGUAAGAACCUCAUUACCUUCUAGCCCCGAUGCGACACCUGUGGUGAUAGCGACGGCAACGCAGACUUCCCCUGUGGUGUCCAAAAAUUCCACCGAAUACAGGAUAAGCCCCCCUGAGCAUCACCCAACUGAUAGCCCGCGUACUACUUACGAGGAGGGUGAUGUCCAACAGUCACCUGAGAGGCAGUGGGAGAAAAAGUUGACGAGAAGGGAGAAGAGGCAGAAGAAGCGGGCGGAGGUCGCUACAAAGAAAUUAGGUGACGGAAAGACGCCAAAACCCUCCGGGGGGCGAUCGUUUGCUGAAGUCUUGGGGGAACUCCGGGCGAAAGCCAAGCCAGAGGCAGAGACUGUCAUUAAGGCAAUUCGACGGACCCAAAACGGGGAUGUAUUGCUCGAGCUGGGGAAGUCGAAAGAUAAAGCCGCUUUUGCUGAGAGCUUAAAAAAAGCACUCGGAGACAAGGGGUCCGUGCGGUCACUCGACCCAAAGGUAUCGAUUGAAAUUCGUGACCUUGACGGACUCACCAAUGAUAGCGAGGUAACAGAGGCUAUAAAACGGGCUAUUCCCGAAUUAAAAGAAUCUACAUUUAAAGUAUGGCUCACAAAGCCGAACCGCAGCCAGCAGCGAAUGGCGGUCGCCGAAUUAGGCGAUAGACACGCCAAUAAGCUGUUGGCUCUCCAACAUCUGCGAGUUGGCUGGGUGAGUGGCCGGGUUAAACGAAGAGUUGUCGUCCCACGGUGCUUCCGCUGCCUUGGGUUCGGCCACUCCUCUCGAGCCUGUAAGGGGCCUGACCGCACCAAUCACUGUUUUCAGUGUGGUCAGAUUGGACAUAAGAGGCAGGAUUGUAACCAGAACUCCUGUUUCAUUUGUAAAGAAGCUGGCAGUAAGGGUAACGCCCUGGAGCACAUACCGGGCUCAGGACGGACAGCUGAUAGUCUGCUUGACCGGCUGGCCCAAGAACAUGGUGCCGACGCGCUCUUAGUGAGCGAGCAGUAUCGAAUUAGGGACCCUUCGGUGUGGUUUCCCGACACACUCCAUACUGCUGCUUUCUGGGUGCGGAAUCCACAAGAAGUUUUGAUGCGGAGCCAUGGACAAGGCCGAGGAUUCGUCUGGGAAAGGUGUAGGGACGUUACAAUUUUUAGUUGCUACCUCACCCCCAACGAGGCCAUCCAGGACUUCCGCGAUAAGAUCGACUGCCUGGAAGAGAGCGUGAUUGGUACCAGUGGACAUGUCAUCGUUGGUGGGGACUUCAACGCAAGGACUGUCGAGUGGGGAAUGUCUCUCACCAAUUCCCGGGGGAAGUACAUCCUGGACUUUGCUGCCAGGGCUGGACUCGUUGUUAUCAACGAGGGCAAUACGCCUACUUUCCAGCGCCCCGGGCAAAGAGGCACGAUCCACGACAUAACCCUUGCGUCUGAGUCACUCUUGCCGCGGAUCUCACACUGGAUGGUGCUUGAUGAUUACACUGCCAGUGAUCAUCAGUAUAUCUUGUUUGAUGUAACGGACGGCCUGCGAAGAACCUCUGCACCUCGAGAAGUACCGCUCCAGUGGAAUACUAAGAAGCUGGACGCGGGAAAGUUCACCGAUGUCAUCUUACGGGCAACAACGCGGGAACCUGCGGUGCACGGUGGGGCUUGCACCGAGACAUUGGUUUCGUCAGUGAUGGGACUAAUAACCUCGGCCUGCGAUAAGUCCAUGCCGCGCAGGAGAAUAAGGUGCAACAAGCAACCCGUUUAUUGGUGGACAGACGAGAUUGCGGAUCUCCGUAGAGCCUGUUUAAGAACCAGAAGAGUUGCCAUGAGAGCUAGAAAUCCCGCAGACCGAGGUCGUAAGACGGAGGCCUAUAAGGCUGUAAGAAAGACUCUCCGCCGGGCUAUCAACCGGAGCAAGCAUGACUGCUGGCGGAAACUCAGGGAGGACGUCGAUUCCGAUCCAUGGGGUCUGGGGUACAAGAUUGUAACCCGAAAGAUUGGCGCACGAUCACCUCCAUCCGUCAUGGACGGCGCCACCAUGGAGAAGGUUGUCCAGUCCCUGUUUCCAACUCAUCCGCCGAGGCAAGAAGUCAUAUUCGAUAGGGUGGAAGACAUCCCGCUUUUCAGUAAUGAGGAGCUGGAGAGGGCUGUCCUCUCCCUGAAGAACAACAAGGCUCCUGGUCCAGAUGGGAUUCCGAGUGAAGCUCUUAAACAAGUUUUCCAAGUCAAUCCAAGGAUUCUAUUAAAUAUGUAUAAUGCCUGCCUUUCUGAAGCGGUGUUCCCGUCCCGGUGGAAAAAAGCCAGGCUUGUACUAAUUAGCAAGGGGAAAAGGUGA